GGGCGGCGAAGGACAGCCCUCCGCUGCGGGGCGGGGGAGUCUUUCUCCCGGAUGAGCCCCGUCCGCCACAUCGGCUCGCAGCCGCCCAUCGACGGCGGUCGCUGUCCGCGCGUCGUGGUGCUGAACCCAGCUCUCCGGCCCGCGAGGCUGCGAGUCGGACUCGGGCGAGCUUCUUCGGAGCUGUCCACGGACACCCGGUGCUGAAGUUUCGCCCGAGCCUGGACUGUUCUCGCCGGAGCCCCGCUUAGCCUCAAUGGGAAACAACGAGGAGGCGCAUCUGCAGCAAGAGAUGAUGAUGAUCUAAACGGAGUCCGCACUGAGCUUAAGAAGAUAGCCUGCUCCGGGACCCACCUGAGCUUCUUCCCGUCAUCUUCAGCUGGUACGAACUCUGCUCCUGUACCUUCCGCUGCUCUUAGUUUUGCCUAGCCAUGGCUUUCAUGGUGAAGUCUGUGGUAGGUGGGCAACUGAAGAAUCUCACCGGUGGAUUGGGAGGAGAAGACAAAGGAGAAGGAGAGAAAUCCCCAGCAGAAGCCCAAGGAAUGACGAGGGAAGAAUAUGAAGAAUAUCAGAAGCAGCUGGUAGAAGAAAAGAUGGAGCGAGAUGCCCAGUUUGCCCAGCGGAAGGCUGAGCGUGCCACGCUGCGGACCCACUUCCGAGACAAAUACAAACUACCCAAGAAUGAAAUGGAUGACAACCAGAUCCAGCUAGCUGGGGGCGAAGUGGAGCUCCCCAAGGAACUGGCCAAAAUGAUAGAGCAAGACAACGAGGAGGAAGAGGAAAAGGACUCUGUUAUCGGACAGCUGACCAACAUCCAGAACAUAGACCUAGAUUCCUUGAAGGAUAAAGCCCAAGCCACCAUAGAUGAUCUGAAGCAGUCUGCUGAGAAAUGCACCAUGAUGUGACCGAAGGCGGCCUCUUGACUGGCUCAAAAUCCCAGCUGUCAAUUUGGGAUAUGUGUGAGUGGGGGAUCUGUGGAUGUGCAAGGCUGACACUAGCUUAUGAGAAUUAUCCAACUGAUUCCCAAUGAGUUGCGUGUGUGUGUGUGUGCGUGAGCUAUUUUCUUGGCAGCCAGAAUUCCCUCCCUUGUAACAUAUAUUACUUAUUCCAUCCCUGUGCAGUGAACAUGAGGUGUGUUUACCUGUCUCAGGUUAGAAGCAUCAUUUUCUACCCCUUCCCUUAUGACAAUCCGAUCCAACUUGAAGUGCUACCUCCCUUCAACUUUUUCCCUUCCUCUUGGUGGAGAAGGAUACAAGCCAUUUACUAUUCCAGCAGUAGUCCUGGCUGUGUCCUGAAAUGAGUGUGCACGCACACACACACACACACCCCUCGUCUACAGAAACACACCUUUGGGAGGGGGCUUUUUUAGAAUUAUGGCAAAGCAGCCAGGAAAUAGUUGUAAAGACAUGUUUUAAUUCGUGGAAAAUAAGUGGUCUGGCCACUUGUGUGUCUUCCAGUUCAAGGCCUGGGGGGGAAGGGGAAAUCCCACCCCCCGCCUCCCGCUGCAGUAGUUUCCUACUAUUCAACAAAACUUAACUGAACCUCAGAAAGCCUGGUUGCAUUAUCCUCAUUUUACAGGUGGUGAAAACACAGAUUGCCCAUCCAUCCUGCCCCUGAAGCCGUGCAACAAUGAAAGUCACAUUGGUGGGUGCUUAAUCAACCGUAGGCAAAACCCUGUAGGCGUUCUGUGUUGUUUCAAUGUCUAACAAUACAUCCUGGGACCUCUCACUGUCGUGCUUCGAACAAAUAGCGGAAAGGGUAUAAUUACCUGUGUUACAAAUGUGGCAAUCUGUGUGUUGUAAUGUGACUAUGCAGUAUUCUUCUAUGAACCUUGAUCUUCUAUGCUUCCCUCUUUUUUCCAUG